CCCCUCAACACUAUCCUAACCUGGCGGAGCGCCCAGAGGCUUCUGGUAGAUGUCAACCCUCUCGUCAUCAGUGGAAAUGGCAACGAAGCUUAUGCAAGCGAUCCAAUACGAUAGCUAUGGCGGUGGUCCCGCCGGUUUGAAGCAUGUUGAGAUUCCAGUUCCCACUCCAAAUCAAAAUGAGGUUUUGCUGAAAGUGGAAGCAACUAGUCUGAACCCUGUUGAUUGGAAGAUUCAAAAGGGCAUGCUACGGCCUUUAUUACCUCGAAAGUUUCCCUACAUUCCUGGUACUGAUAUAGCUGGAGAAGUAGUAGAGGUUGGACCCCAAGUCAAAGAUGUCAAAGUUGGUGACAAAGUUGUUGCUAAAAUUUCUCAUGAUCGUGGAGGUGGGCUAGCUGAGUUUGCUGUGGCUACUGCGAACUUAACAGCUUUAAGACCGUCUGAAGUUUCAGCUGCUGAAGCUGCGGCGUUACCUGUGGCUGGACUCACAGCUCAUCAGGCCCUCACUGAAAUUGCUGGAGUCAAGCUUGAUGGAACUGGUGAACAGAAGAACAUCUUAGUAACUGCAGCUUCAGGUGGCGUGGGUCACUAUGCAGUUCAACUGGCAAAGUUAGGGAACACCUUCGUGACAGCCACUUGUGGGGCCCGGAACUUUGACUUUGUCAAGGGCUUAGGUGCUGAUGAGGUUCUUGACUAUAAGACUCCAGAAGGAGCUGCUUUAAAGAGUCCAUCUGGUCGAAAAUACGAUGCGGUGAUACAUUGCACGACCGGAAUACCAUGGUCGACUUUUGACCCUCAAUUGAGUGACAAUGGGAAGGUAAUAGACUUCACGCCUGGCUUGAGUUCAAUGGCGACUUUUGCUCUGAAGAAACUCACAUUCUCUAGGAAGCAGCUGAUACCGUUCUUGGUGACAGCCAAGAAAGAGAACCUGAGUUUUCUGGUUCAAUUAGUGAAAGAUGGGAGGCUUAAAACUGUCAUUGACUCUCGUUUUCCUUUGAGUAAAGCUGAAGAUGCAUGGGCUAAGAGCAUCGAUGGCCAUGCUACUGGAAAAAUCAUUGUGGAGCCAUAGGCAAAAUUUCUUGGAACUGCUGGAUCCUCUGUUUCUGUGAGGGGUUUGUGGGUCCCCUCCCAUUCAUAUAUGUAUGUAGAAGAACAGUAAAUAAUUAUAUGUUGUAUUUUCACGAUGAAAUGAAUAACUUGACAUAUCAUUGAGACUUGUGGUUAGGUUUUUAACCCUGUCGUCUUUUGAGCUUCUGUUCUGUAAGUUAUUGAUUUAUGAGUGAACUUGUCCUGGUCA